AUGAUGGAAACAGAUAGACACAAGAAGAUGUCGGACAAACCAUCUCGCAAGAAGAGCAAGCACCACGAAGGACGACCGCCGGCCGCGAAAAAACCUCGCGAACAAACGCCGCCGGAACAGCACCAAGAAGAGUUACCUUUCGUGCCUACAUACUUAAGACUCCACCGGAUCCAACAAAGUUUGAACAGCUUGAAAGAUCAAAUGGAGGUACGGUCAUUUCCUAAGAUAAAGAUAAAAAUCUAAAAGGAAAGGAGUGUUGAAUAUGUGAAUUGAUAGUGAUCAAAUAAUAGAUCACGUGAGAGAUAUCCCAACUAAGAGUAUAAAAGAAGUCGGGAACUCAGAUCUUGAUUGCUCGUACCGCCCACCAUUCGCCUCCAGCUCCUCCGUCGCUUCCAGCUACGGACUAAUCGACAACUACCUCUCCAAUCUCCACUCUCCAUCUUUAUUCACCACUGAUAAUAAAUAA